AUGACGAAGUCGGUCGCUGAGACGGUUACACCUGUGCAUAAGGUGAAUAGAUCGGUUGAGGUGAACGUAAAAAGGCCUAGCUGGUUGUCGGAGGAUUGGAAAUUUUGUACUAAUGGCGCUUCUAUUGGAACUGUUGACAACUAUUAUUAUGAUCCAGUGUCUGAGACUAAAUUCCAGUCAAAGACUGAGGUGCUUGAUUUCCUGGUAACGGGUAGCAAGCACAAGGACAACACCGGUGGUGAUGCUACAACAGAUAGUUGCGCAGAUACUUGGACACCUUUUAUUGAUGGAGGCAUGGUUCCUGAAGGCGAAAGACAAGAAUGGGAUGCUGUCUUCUCGGCUGUGCCGCAAAGGAACGCAAAUGAGGAGGCAGGCUCCUCUAAUGUGCAGUAA